AUGGCGCUCGCAUCGGGCUCCGGCGGCAGCGGCGGCGGCGGGAGGGACUUCUCCGUGGUGGUGCUGGGGUCCGACUUCGCGGCGGACGCCAGCGCGGCGCUCCUCACCUCCCCCGCCGACGGCGAUGAGGCGGAGUGGCACGACUGCGCCCCCGACCUCGGCGACGACUUCUCCGACCUCGAGGAGCUCCAGGUCGUCCGGGUCCAGGGCGCCGACAGGUCCGGCCGGUCCGUCGUCCGCGUCGUCGGCAAGUUCUUCCCCGCUCCUGUUAUAGACGGUGAACGUCUGAAGAGAUAUGUGUUCCACAAGCUCCGCACUGAGUUGCCAGAGGGUCCAUUCUGCAUCCUGUACGUGCACACCACUGUACAAUCAGAUGACAACAACCCUGGAAUGACAAUCUUGAGAGGGAUUUAUGAAGAACUUCCACUUGAAUACAAGGAAAGGCUGGAGAUACUGUAUUUCCUGCAUCCUGGGCUUUAUUCCUGGCUGGCAUUGGCCACACUAGGCAGGCUCUUCUUAAGCGGAGGGUUGUAUUGGAAAAUCAAAUAUGUUACUCGACUGGAGUAUCUAUGGGCGGACAUCAGAAAGGGCGAGAUUGAGAUUCCAGAUUUUGUUACUGAACACGACAAGAUCCUUGAGCACCGGCCAUUGACAGAUUAUGGCAUUGAACCUGAUCCUCUGCAUCUUGCUGAUAUACCUGCCACUGGGUACUCACUUGGUAGGUAUGAAGACAAAUGGUCUCCUGAAGAUAGGUGGCAUUCUCGCAAUUACAUGUGACAUUUUUUGCUGUUGAAGGCUUGGACGUUUGAUGUGUGUAUAAAUAUGACCAUGGUAACUCAUACUGGAUUGUUGUAGAAACAUUCUCCAUAAUACUGUAUCUCUCAUAAUUGUACUAGCAUGUAUGACAUAUUAAUGAUAGUCAGAUUGGACAGAUGAUAAAUGAUGUGAUUUUUAUGUUUCUUUGACA